CGCUGUGAUAGGGAGAAAAAAAAAAAUCUCAAAGGGUGCCGCCAUAUUGCGGAUCUGUCAGCGGACGCGGCGCUGCCGCAAAUCUAGCGAGCCCCCUGAGGGAAACAGCUCGCCGCCGCGGCCCAUCGGAGCGUCUCCGCAGCGCUACCGGGCAAGGCUGUGCAAGCGACGUCUCCGGCCCGGUUGUCGUUUCCCCACUCAGGUUGACUCCCGUGUCAGUGUCGAGACCUUCGGGAGCAAAGCAUCCGACGAGAGCUGGCCGCCCCCGGCGCCUCAGUUCGGCAGCAGAAGAAAAGACAAGACUGAGUAAGAAAAAGAGAAGAAAAGAAAAGGAAAAUGCCGAAACCAAUUAAUGUAAGGGUUACCACCAUGGAUGCAGAGCUAGAGUUUGCCAUUCAGCCGAACACAACAGGGAAACAGCUUUUUGAUCAGGUAGUAAAAACAGUUGGCUUACGAGAAGUCUGGUUUUUUGGAUUGCAGUAUGUGGACAGCAAAGGGUACUCAACUUGGUUGAAAUUAAACAAAAAGGUAACACAGCAAGAUGUAAGGAAAGAAAAUCCAUUUCAGUUCAAAUUUAGGGCAAAGUUUUUUCCUGAGGAUGUUUCCGAAGAAUUGAUUCAAGAAAUAACUCAGAGACUCUUUUUUCUGCAAAUCAAAGAAGCCAUCUUGAAUGAUGAAAUCUAUUGUCCACCUGAAACUGCAGUUCUUCUGGCUUCUUAUGCUGUUCAAGCAAAAUAUGCUGAUUACAACAAGGAAAUACAUAAACUAGGAUAUUUGGCCAACGACAGACUUCUUCCCCAGCGUGUUUUGGAGCAACAUAAACUGACAAAAGAGCAGUGGGAAGAAAGAAUACAAAAUUGGCAUGAAGAACACAGAGGGAUGUUAAGGGAAGAUUCUAUGAUGGAAUACCUCAAAAUUGCACAAGAUUUGGAAAUGUAUGGAGUCAACUAUUUUGAAAUUAAAAACAAAAAAGGAACUGAGUUAUGGCUUGGUGUUGACGCUUUGGGUUUGAAUAUUUAUGAACAUGAUGACAAGUUGACUCCGAAGAUAGGUUUUCCUUGGAGUGAGAUAAGAAAUAUAUCAUUUAAUGACAAAAAGUUUGUGAUAAAGCCCAUUGACAAAAAGGCCCCUGAUUUUGUUUUUUAUGCACCCCGUCUGAGAAUUAAUAAGCGGAUAUUGGCACUAUGCAUGGGAAACCAUGAGCUAUACAUGAGAAGGAGAAAACCAGAUACAAUCGAAGUGCAACAAAUGAAGGCCCAAGCUAGAGAAGAAAAACACCAAAAACAAUUGGAGAGAGCCCAACUAGAGAAUGAAAAAAAGAAAAGGGAAAUAGCCGAAAAAGAAAAGGAAAGAAUAGAGCGUGAAAAAGAAGAAUUGAUAGAACGACUAAGACAGAUCGAAGAACAGACAAUGAAGGCCCAAAAAGAACUGGAAGAGCAAACAAGAAGAGCUCUAGAGCUAGAUCAGGAACGAAAAAAAGCAAAAGAGGAAGCAGAGCGCUUGGAAAAAGAACGAAGAGCUGCUGAAGAGGCAAAAGCUGCUCUGGCAAAACAGGCAGCAGAUCAAAUGAAGAAUCAGGAACAACUAGCAGCAGAACUUGCUGAAUUUACUGCAAAGAUUGCACUUUUGGAGGAAGCCAAGAAAAAGAAGGAAGAAGAAGCUUCAGAAUGGCAACAUAAAGCUUUUUCAGCUCAAGAAGAUCUGGAAAAGACCAAAGAAGAAUUGAAAACUGUAAUGUCAGCUCCACCCCCACCUCCACCCCCACCAGUAAUUCCUCCCACAGAUAAUGAACAUGAUGAACAAGAUGAGAAUAAUGCUGAAGCCAGUGCUGAACUGGCUUCUGAAGGUAUCAUGAAUCACAGAAGUGAGGAAGAACGUAUUACAGAAUCACAGAAGAAUGAACGAGUAAAGAAACAACUUCAGGCUCUCAGUUCUGAAUUGGCCCAAGCCAGAGAUGAAACUAAGAAAACCCAGAAUGAUGUACUUCAUGCUGAAAAUGUUAAAGCAGGCCGUGAUAAAUACAAGACUCUUCGACAGAUACGCCAAGGCAAUACAAAACAGCGGAUUGAUGAGUUUGAAGCAAUGUGAGAGCCAUUUCUUUGCAUGUAUGUUCUCCAUUACAGUUGAACCACCAGCAGAGAAAUACAGGCCUUUCCACAGAUGAAAGGAUCACACCUCACCUUGCCAAAGCACUUAUACCAGUUUGUGGUUAAAACAUAUUUCAAAAAAAAAAAAAAAAAAAGUUCAACAAUAAGGCAGUCUAUCAGCUGUGGCUCUCUGGAGGUGAUUGAGAAGGUUUCCAUGAUUUUAUAUUUUCAUGCUUUCUCCUUUGAAGGAACAGCAAUCUCAUGGUAGCAAAGCUGUUAAUUCAAAUAUUGAUAAUUUACCUUACAACUGACUUCAGUUUUUGGCAUUUGUGCACUUUUGCUUGUUUGUUUUCAUUUAGCAAAUUGGUGAGGAUUUUGAUAUUGCUAAUUUUUAAGGGCUUCCCUUUGUAGGUUAGAAUUCUUUGGUGUUUCAUAUCCUGUCAUCAUUGAUGGUUUUCUUUGCCUGCCUGUUCACAAAGGUCUAGAUGGUAGGUGGCUGUUCCAGCACUUUUUUCAUUCAUAUAUAUGUUACAUAUGUAUAUAUGAACAUUACCUGUAGUCUUUUGCUUGUUAAAUCUGUUAUACCAAAAGUUUUUAGUUCUUCAAAUAAAAGCAGGGAACAUUCUUCAGUUUGUCCUCCCCUUGCAUUCAUUGGAUGUUAUUACAAAUUGUAGUGUGGGAAACCUGGAUCUUUCUGAUAAGGGAGCAUAUGGAAACAUCAGUCCCAAGAAGGGGACAGAAGCCUACCUCACUGUAAUAAACAUGAUGACUUGUCCUUGAAACACCACAUUGAAAUGCUAACAGUGUGAAACUAUGUCCUGCAUAGCUAAACACUACAAGAAUCUAGGAGCCUUUAUUCUUUAAUAUUUUGUUAUAUUACAGGUAGAUUUAUAGUAUUCAAGAAGUGUUCAGCUGCCUUUUUGACAAGUUAAAUUUUUAAUCAUGUAUUUUUAAUUUUAACCUGUCACUGGUAUAUUAUCCAAUAAGAGGUGUGAAAUGUUUGGUUAUGUUUUCUGAGUACCUUUGUACUAAAUUAACAUUGUUGCAAAACAUUUAAUGAAGUCAGUGCAUAAAACAAUGUUCUCUUCUGCUCAGUUAUAGGGCCCAUUUGCAUAUUCUUCCCGUUCCUUCCAUGUUAAUUCUGAGAAUAUCUAUGCUUUGUGUUUUCAGAGAAUGUAGUCACAGGAAUUGUGGCAGAAUUGUGGCAAAAUGAGGUAUGAGUAGAUCUUUAGGCUGAAGUUCAACAUGCACUCAAAGAAUAUUGAACGUGUGUGUUGGAAUCAAUAUGAAUCACUCUUACCUAUGAAAUGGAUAAUUAAAAUUGGCACCUUGUGUUUGAAUACCCUAUUUGUGGAAGUGACACUGAAAUUAUUUACCAUGUUUAGUGAACUUUAAGAGUUGGGAGAAAGAAGACCUGCUUUCUCUGAGGAUGGUUCAGCUCUGUUAUGUUUGGUAUUAUGCACUCAACUUUAUACUUAUCUAUGAAAAUUGCCAUUUUAUUAAUUAUUCAUGCACAAGUUCCUUAGAACCCCACUGAAUGUUAGGGGCUUUCCCCCUGAAUCAAAAGGAAGAUACUGUGAAAGUUACACACAUACCCAUUAUUUUAUGGAAGAAUGAUAGCUGAGCAAUUUUGCAUAGACUGGUGUGCAAAUAUUGUGCAUGUGCUCAAACGUCUGGUUGCCCUGGAUACUUCUGCUUCCACCUGCAGGAUUGGGCAAAUGCCUUGCAUCUUUUCAUGCAGUGAAUUCUGAGAUAUGGAUUUCUAAAGUGUUCAAUACUUUUGCCAUAACGGGUGGAAUGUUGUGUGUGGUUCUUCCCUGAAAUAGGUACACAUGCAUUGCCAUGUUAAUCUAUUACUAUGGAAGAAGGGGAAAGAGAAGUACCAGUGAAAUUUGCUGUUCAUAAUCUACAGUGUAUAGUUUAGUAUUUAAAUGGAUCUAAUCCAUUUAUAAAACUGUGAAUAUUUUUCUAGGAAUUGACAUCUGUAAUAAGGCUUUUCACCAUGUCUAAAUUGGUGGUAAUGGGUUGUCAUCUGCUGUUGGGGGAACACACUAAUUCAUGUCGAGGCAUUCAGGAAAUACUUGGUGAAGAUAUUUUCUUAUGCUUCCCCUCCUCCUCUCUUUAGCAUCAUGUUUUGUGUUGUAAAAUUAAGCUAUAGUUAUUAUCAUCUAUUAUUUUGAAUAACAUUCAUUGGCUAACAAUAAAGAGAAUACAGCUAA